CUCGACGCGCCCGGCGAUCCAACAUGGCGGCGAUCAGCUGUGUUCUGUCACAAUAGACACUCGCCUCGGCGAACGUUGGAUAAUUAAUUAGCCCGAUCUGCGCGGCGUGCGCCGAUAUCGGCGAUCCUUUCCCACGAUCCAGAGUCCUCGAGGAUCCUUCGCGUCUCCCGCAUCGCUCCUCCGUCCCCCGAGUCCCUUUUUUUUCCCUCCCCCGCGACCCGUCCACGGCCAGGCGUCCGAACUGUCCGAAGUGAGCGCCGAGUGGACGCGCAGCGCAGCCUUGCCGCACGAAAGCAAUAUGGUGGCGAUGCUCGGGGACGGUCGAGCGAGCACGGGGGAUGUUUAAUAAUAUUGUCACCGUUGUCGCGGCGAGACGUGGAUCGGUGACGGGCGCGAGUGAUGAACUUGACGUGACCGAGAGCCUCUCGCUGGGCUGAAAGGACCUGGACACCAUGUGCGAUGUGUGCGUCGACUUUCACGAUCUUCUGCUCUCCUAUGACGAACGUUCGUCGAAGGAACAGGAUGCACUGGCGACGUUAUGCAUAACGGACGUCGACACGACAUUGCAUUAUGUUAAUCAAUGGGUGCAAAGGCAAUGUAUGUGCUGUUAUCGUGAAAUUAAAAAUUUUGAUCGGUUUAUAAGACUAACUCAGAGCAUCGUACUCUGUACAUUACAACAGUUACAAGUGAUACAGCAAAAUGAAGAUGUCGCCAAGGAGGCUGUUGAAGAGGGGAAAGAGGAGGAAGAGAAGAAUAGUAAGCGAAAGUCCAGCGAUAACGCAAGUGAUGCACAAGUGGAAGCUCAGACGAAACAGAGCUGGUCGCAGCAGGAUAGGGAAAGAUUGUUUCAUCUCCUCUCGAAAAUUUUUUUAUUAAACUUUCCUCUCUAUAUCGCUAUGAAACACGGCGGUGUAAUCAAUCCUUUAGCUCCUGUCAAGGACGAAGGUGGCUACUGCGAACCGCACGAUCCCGAGGUGCCAGCGCCUUUGAUCCGUGCUGUAUCUAUAUUUUGCCAUCAAGGAGGCUUUAAUUUGAUGUCCGCUUGUUUCGAUAUGGAAAGCACACUGCCUGUUAGCCUUGCGCAUUCUAUGGUUGCAGUUAUUUGUAAUCUGAAACUUUGGUUAAACUACGGUAGCGUCAUUCAACUAUUUAUACCAUUACGCAGUCGUGUUAUGAAGUACAUGUGUCGUUUAGGGGACAAGGAAUUGCGUACUCCUGCUGUCAGGACAAUGGCAGAUUUCAUGUGGAGCGCGGUCAAGGAUCCAAUAGACGCCGUAUUACCGAGCUUCGACCGCGAUGGGCUCGACCUGGCAUUUAAAUACUUUACUAGUACAACUUUGACUAUGAGGCUGGCUGGCGUAGCCCAGAUAAACGCUCACAUCACGGCUUCCAACGAGCUCUGCAACAGCGAGACCGUUGCCGAGGUCGAGCAAGUGGGCCAUGCGCUUGCCGCCUGGUUGACCGAGAACAACAUUAUAGCUCACAUAUUCGGACCAAACUUACACGUAGAGGUUAUCAAGCAGAGUCACAUUAUAUUAAGCUUCCUAGCCAUGGAGGGUAGAAUUACGUCCUCGGACAUGGACACCAUGUGGCAAGCCGCGCAAUUGAAGCACUGCGGUCGUCCAGUUUACGAUCUGUUGGCACCCUUGGUCAAACAUCUGGCUCCCACUCCUGUACUUCACCUAUACUCUUUGCUAGGAAAACUAGAACCUAAGGAUCACACGGAGCAAAGCUUGUUCCUGGCGUCUGCCUUGAUCAAAUUUAUCUGGACGUCCGGUCGUUCGGCUUAUCCGAGGGGUCUGGUGAUGAAGAACAGGGAAAUUUUGAGGAGCACCAGCGGAGUUGGUGGAAGUAGUAGCAGUGAUCCGAGUGGUAUGGACGGCAGUAGUCCGGAAGACGAUGAGGAGGAGCCUAGUCCGACUCUGUCCGAUGGACCGUCGCCUAGAAAACAAGCAAGGGCCGAUAGCAGCGAUGGCGAAGGACAUUACAAAGGAAAGAAUCUGACGACCACCACCAUCGAGUCGAGUCUUAAUGAAAUCGAAGACUUAAAUUCUGAAAAAUUUGACUGCAAUAGAGAAUUGCCUAAAGAUUCAUCGGCGAGUGCUAUUCGCGAGGAUAUCAAAAAUAAGCAGAGCGGAUCCGACGCCGAAGCGGACACGGAGAAAUCCAAUACGGAGGAAAUGUUUGUACACGAGAAGAAAAAGCGAAAGAUCCUGCGCAAGCGAAAGAGACCGCAGAAGCGUUCCUUGAGCGCCGUUGAGAAAGCGCUGGAAGCCAUCGUCGGUCAAGACGAUGCUGUGAAAUCCAAGGAUUUGCUCGUAGAUGCGAAAGGCAGAACGGAAGAUGUGCUAAACAGCAGUUUGGACGUGGGCGCUUUAACUUCCUUAGACGAAUCGAAGAGCGUCGACGCGUUGGACCGCGUCAAGCAACAAGCGAUAGCUCUGGACCCAAACGACCAGCAAGUUCCGACCACGGCGGCGCUACUGAGACGCGCCAACAAGAAUAAAUACAUGUCUAUAGUGGGAUACAACGUGGACCGAGCGGCUGACUCGGCGGACAGUUCACACGACGAGGACGACAGCGACGUGGCGGGGGUUCUCGCUGCCGCGGACGGUCCUGGAGCGGUGAUAUCUGAACUAGCCGGCCUAGUGCACGCCACCGGUCCCACGUUCCUGCCUUCAGGCUUGGAUGAGAUGCUCUCCGACGAAGAAGGCUCCUACAGCAGCAGAAUAUCGAACAAGAGUGAAAAGAACAUGGCCGACUUUGACGGCGAGGAAAGCGGUUGCGAGGAAGAAUUGGCCCAGUUGGCGGCGCGUCAUCUGACCGCUAUUCAAAUGCAAGCCUAUCAUCCUCAUCACUCGCACUCGGCCAUGAUUAGAAGAUCGGUUUGCCAACCGCCGCAAGUGCGAGCUGCUCGGCAAACGGCCACUAGAUUGAGCUCGCAAUUUAAUCUGGAUACAGUUUGUAAGCCAGGUAAUACAUUGCUGUGGGAUCUUCUUCAAGAUGACAAGAUCGGGCAGCUGGGCGAAGGCCUAGCUUUGGAGGCGGAGAAGGCUCUGUGCAAUCUCUUGUGUUUUAACGUCGAUCGCUUGAUCCCGAUGAAAUUCAUAGAAGGCUGCCUAGAGAACCUGGCGACCAAUCAUUCCGUGGUUGUGUCUCUAAGAUUGUUACCAAAGCUGCUCGCGAGCUUCCAGCAAUUUGGUGCGAUGGACGCGCAUACGAUUACGACCUGGGCCGAUCGUGAGCGCGGCAUGAUGAAACAUUUCUUCAAUAACUUGAAGACGUACACCAGCACGGGACCCAAGAGCAAUUUGUAUUCGCACCAGACGGAAAUACAAGUCAGACUACAAUUUCUGUCGUCGAUCUUCUCGCCUUUAGGUUCGCCCGAUUGCUUCCGUUUGAGUUUAGAACAAGUGGAUAUACUAUGGCAAUGCUUAUCGCAAGAUCCAAUCUGCGCGGACGAGCUCUUCAGUUGGUUGCUCAGUCAAGCAAAGUCUACGGAGCAACACGCCUUGGGGAUGGAUACACUCAAGCAUUUAUGCAUGCGCAAAUUACCGAGCCUACCACCGGAAACUAUCAGUAUGACAGGCCUAAGUCUGUUUCAGCAAUUGUGCAAUUUGGCGCGCUUGGCUGCGGCGCAUCUGGACAGACCAUUAAGAGAUGUGGACUCGGUAGGUAUGGACUUCUUGUGGCGGAUCGCCUUGAAAGCGAAAAGCACUGACGUCAGUAUGGCAGCUAUACAGUACCUCAACGGCUAUUACAUGUCGCGACAGCUAACGCAAGAGGCGGAGUUUGUUUCCCAGUGCAUGACGCAUCUCGCGGCGGCCAGCGCCGAUCUCGAGAGCAACGAAGAGGCCAGUUUGCGCUGCAUACAGCGCGCCCUGCUCCUGCUGAGGACGCACUUGGAAGCUUUUCGAAAACGCUACGCCUAUCACUUGCGCCGCUGGGUGUUGGAAGGCAGAGGCGUUGCCAGCCAAUGCUACGUAGCUAUGAAUACAUCCGACAAAGGCCAACAAUUGAGAAUCUUUGUGCAACCUGCUGGUAUACCGGAGAAAACGAGUUUCACUCUUCUCAACACCGAUUACGUGGCGGAUUUGCGAGCUGAAGUAGCCAAAUGGUGGGACGAUACGCAGAAUACUCAAGAAAAGUCCGCGGUUUCUGCGAACGCCAGCCAGAAUGGCGGCUCGGUUUUGGGAUCGUUGCUUACAGAUGGUCCCAUCAGAAUGAUCACUCAGGGGCAAGAAUUAACUAUCGACUUUGACGAAAAGACCCUGCAAGAAAUGGGCUUCAAGGAUGGACAAUUGGUAUUUAUUUCACCUGGUGCCAGUAGAGGUAACGGUGGCGGUGGUCGCUGCAGCAAACGGGACAUGGAUUCACCCUCACUAUUACCACCCCCUCCUAGAGAAUCGUUGCCAACCUUACUGUUGCUCCGACCGCAGUACUUUGAGCAGCUGUUUACGCUAAUGAGAACACUCAGCGCGAUGAAGACGACCGUGAAGGGUGGGCAAGAGAUACCUCAUACGAAGGCGCAAGUACUCUCGAGGAGGGUUUGGGACACGCUUACUCUGCUACCGACGAGCCCAACUUUAUUGCGAGGUUUCCAAAAACUCGGCGAGACAUCCCUUCAAGAACUACUCGAUCCGGCGAGUCCGCAAAAGCUGAUGUAUUCCCUUUACAUAGUCGAGUCUUUGAGUCGACGAGGUACGACGAGUCAACCGUCAUCGAGCAACUCCACCGCUUCAUCAACCGUUGCGUCGGCUCAUCAAGGUGGCGGGGACGCGGACGACAAUCAGGAUGACAAGGAGAAAGACGUGGCUUGGUCUACGCUGUUUGUACAACACGGUGGACUCCGACACCUCUUCGAUAUCUUUAUGUCAGGUUGUCUGGAGCAGGGAGAUGGCAGCGAAUGGCAGCAAGAUUGCCUCGCCAGUUUGUUGAAGCAACUUUGUCAUCUGGGCGUCGUGAAAGAGGAAAAGAAACGCAAUAAAACGGACAAGCCGCUGUUGGUGCCCAAGCUGAGCGAGGCCAUGCUCAGAAUGAUGAAUGUGGACACAGUCAUGCCAAGGAUAACGAGUAUUUUAAAUGACGCCUCGUUACCACUCGAUCCAAAUCAUUACAAGACCGGACUCUUUGGACGAUCACAAGUGAUACAUUACGCCAUGGCGCUGUUGGUUUGCUGGGUGCACAGCAAUCCAACGGUACGACAAUAUCUUUUCUCCUCGUCCGAGCCUUUCGGGAAAACAUGGCUGCGUAGACUGAUACUGGAAGAUCCCGAGCCAGCAGUGAGACGCGAGGUAUGCACGGCUCUAUACAAACUAUGUUUAGGUAGCACUGGAGUGGAGGAUGACAACUCGGAACAGAUGCCGGGGUUGAUAGUACCCAUGUUAAACACUCUGCUGGAGCAUCUCGUGAUCGCCGAAGCUAUGCAACCCUCUCACCGCAAACCGGACUUGCCCCUGCAUCUGCAUCCAGUCCUGGACGAGGGAAAGGAGCCCUAUGGACCAGCUUGUAAGGACUACUUUUGGUUGGUAUGUCGCCUGGUGGAUUCUCUGCCGGACGAGGCGAUUCGAGAAAGUACGGACGAGACUUCCGGCACGACUAUCGACCUCGAGGCGCUGGCCAUUCGCGUGAUCGACUCCGUACUCGAUCGGGGACACCUGGAGACGCGGCACAACACGGUGGAAGACGACGCUUUGGUUGGAUUGAUUAAUCUCACGUGCAACAUCAUGACGCAUAACCCUCCCUGCAAACAGGGGAAGAUCGGGCAGAAUCUGUUGGACCAGGUAUUCGACUUUCUGUUUGCCUUGCCGAAUCCACGGAGCAAGCACGUGCCCAAGUGUAAGAGCCAAGCGUCCAGGUCGGCCGCUUUCGACCUUCUAGUCGAGCUGGUGAAAUCGGCGCCUGAUAAUUACAGAAUCCUGCACGAGAAGUUACUUGCCCAGCACCGUCCAGGACCGCAUUCUCCGUACCCGUGGGAUUACUGGCCCCACGAAGAUGGACGCUCCGAUUGCGGCUACGUAGGCUUGACGAAUCUUGGCGCGACGUGUUACAUGGCCAGUUGCAUGCAACAUCUGUACAUGAUGCCGCAGGCGCGCGUGUCCAUCCUGGGCGCUGAUUGCAGUCGUGCCAACAAGCAUCAGCUGACCCUGCGAGAACUGCAGAGGAUGUUUGCGUAUCUAUUAGAGUCCGAGAGGAAGGCGUACAACCCGAGGAGCUUCUGUCGCGUGUAUACGAUGAACCACGAGCCGCUGAACACUGGCGAGCAAAAAGACAUGGCCGAAUUCUUCAUCGAUCUCGUCUCCAAGUUGGAGGAGAUGACCGCCGACCUGAAAAACUUGGUCAAGACGCUGUUCUGCGGCGUGAUAUCCAACAACGUCGUCUCGCUCGAUUGUGAGCACGUUAGCAGGACCCUGGAGGAAUUCUACACCGUCCGUUGCCAGGUGGCGGACAUGAGGAACCUCUACGAGAGCUUGGACGAGGUCACGGUCAAGGAUACGUUGGAGGGCGACAACAUGUACACGUGCUCGCAGUGUGGGAAGAAGGCGCGCGCUGAGAAACGAGCGUGUUUCAAGAAACUCCCUCAUAUAUUGUGCUUCAAUACGAUGCGCUACACCUUCAACAUGGGCACCAUGUUGAAGGAGAAGGUCAACACGCACUUCAGCUUCCCUCUUAGACUCGACAUGUCCGGUUACGUCGAGAAGAAGCUGAUGCCGCAGCAUUAUCAGGACGAGAAGAAGGCGGUGUCGUCCGAGAAGAGAAAAUCCGAGAACGAUGGCCACUCGAGAUCCUUACUGGUGGACGACGUGGAGGACCAGGUACAGCAGGAGGAAAUGGAGCACUAUCAAUACGAUCUGAUCGGCGUGACUGUUCAUACGGGGACUGCGGACGGUGGGCAUUAUUACAGCUUCAUCAGGGAUCGCACGUCCCCCAACAAGGACAAGUGGUUCCUGUUCAACGACGCCGAGGUCAAGCCGUUCGAUCCGAAUCAGAUCGCGGCCGAGUGCUUCGGCGGCGAGAUGACCAGCAAGACGUACGACUCGGUGACGGACAAGUUUAUGGACUUCAGCUUCGAGAAGACCAAUUCGGCGUACAUGUUGUUCUACGAGUGGUGCGCCGAUCCUGGCGACACGAAAGAAGAGGAGGCUACCGUGUCGAGUCCCACAGCUGAUAACAGUGCGGAUAAUAACAGUGGACGACCGUCGUCCUCGUUGGUGCGCAAUAACGUCAACAAGCUGCCGCCGCUGGAGCUCAACAAGGAGCUGGAAGACUGGAUCUGGCAGGACAACAUGCACUUUUUACAGGACAAGAAUAUAUUCGAGCACACGUACUUCGGAUUCAUGUGGCAGGUAUGCGGCUACAUCCCCCAGACGCUGCUGUCCGUGCAGCCGGACAUCACGGAGAUGUCCGCGGAGCUGUCGACGUCCUUCUUUAUGGAAACCUUCAUACACGCCAAGGAGAAGCCGACGAUGGUGCAGUGGGUGGAACUGUUGACGAAACAAUUCAACGGAUCGACGGGCGCUUGCGCGAGGUUCCUCGAGCGGAUGGCCGGCGACUCGUGGUGGCCUAUUCAGAUUCUAGUCAAGUGUCCUAAUCAGAUGGUCAGGCAGAUGUUUCAGCGGCUCUGCAUCCACGUGAUUCAACGAUUGCGCGCUACUCAGGUGCCUCUGUAUCUUCUCUGCGACGAGGAGAACGAUGUCAACACCGUGGGCACGCGAUCCUGCGUCACGCGAUUCGUCAGGAUGUUGCUGUCGCUGAUGGAACACGCCAAGCAGCACCUCAAGCAUCUCACCGAGUACUUUAGCUUCUUGUACGAGUUCAGCAAGAUGGGCGACGACGAGGCUGUCUUCCUCAUCAGGGUGCAGGCCAUCUCUACGAUGGUGAACUUUUAUCUCGGACACAAGACGCACGAGUUCGUCGACGCGGUUAGCGAAGAGGAGGAGGAGGAGGAAAUAGUGACCGUGCCUUCGGAGAAACUCCGACCCGCGUCCCUGGAUAAGAUGAUUAUGUUGAUUGCCUACUUGGUCGAGCGCAGCAGAGGCCAGGAUCAUAGACUGGCCCUGUCGCCAGCGGAUUUGAGCGCCGUGGCAGGUGGCAAAGGCUUCCCCUUUCUGUACCAACAAACGAGGGACGUCAUUAAUCUCACUCAGACCAGAAACUUGAUUCAAUCGUUGUGCCGUUGGAACGAUAGACUAGCCAUACACGUCGUCACGAUGAUAUUCCAGGCGAUAAUGAAGCACACGGACGUAUGCCAACCCUUUUUCAAGCUACUAACCCUUUUGACGGAGAGCUCGGGACUAAGCGGGCUGCCCUGCAUGACCCAACUGAUCCUGGGUAGGGUCUGGGAAGCGGCGAGAGUCGCUCCUCAUGGCGCCCUCGAGUGGUUGGCUCUCGCGGUGACGAGGAGCAAGCUGGCGCACGCCUGGGUCCUGCAAGGACUCGACACCUGGCUCCAGCACUUCCUCCUCGAGCAUUCCAAUCAGAGAGUUCGUUCAGCCGCAGCCUUUCUACUGGUGUCAUUGGUCCCUUCCACCCACUUUCGACAGGGUUACCGCACCGCUCAUCGGCUCAAUCUUGGCUGCAACUCGUCCAGAGAGCUCCAACUGUCACCGGAGGCUACUCUGAUCCUGCAUCAGAUAUAUACGGCGCUCUUGAGACUACUGCAACCCGCGCGACAUUACAUCGACAUACAAACUCACGGUACAAUGAAACUCACUGCCUACUUUGCAUUGCUCACAUACUGCGUAGUCUCCAAAACCGAAAAGUUAAUGUUUGGGCAGUAUCUCAAUGACCUAUGGACGCUUUUCCACCCGAAGCUCUCGGAACCGAGUAUCCCGGUGCAUCACAACAAGCAGGCGGUUCUCUUGUUCUGGUAUCACGUCUGCUCCGAUUGCCCAGAGAAUGUCGCUAUGAUACUCCACAAUCCUCACAUAACUAAGAAUAUUGCAUUUAAUUACAUAUUAGCUGAUCACGAAGACCAGGAUGUCGUGCUAUUUAACAGAGUUAUGUUACCCGCUUAUUACGGCCUCUUGCGACUUUGCUGCCAGCAAUCGCGCACUUUUACAAGACAAUUGGCCGCGCAUCAGAAUAUCCAAUGGGCAUUCAAAAAUAUCACUCCUCAUCCUACUCAGUAUUCAACCGCGGUGGACGAACUGUUUAAACUGAUGCAGUUGUUAGUCGCGAGACAUCCUGAUCAAACGGAACAAGAAGAGGCGGAGAUCGCAUCGUUCAGGAGAGGCACGCUGUCCUCUUACUUACAAGGACUCGAUGGUCGUUCAUGCUGGGCAACUCUCAUCUCUGCUUUUCGGAUUCUUAUCGAAUCGGACGACGAUCGUUUAUACGUUGUUUACAACGGUGGCUUGAGCAUGGCCCUCGAAGCAUUUCACAUGCUGCAUAUAAUGUAUCACGAGGCUACGGCUUGCCACGUUGCCGGCGACCUGGCCGAAUUGAUCGCCAUUAUUGUCGAGCUCGUGCGAUGCGUUCGUACCGCGAGAGACGGACCGGACGCCAGAAACAUUCUCGCCAACUGCAAAGAGUGGCCCGAUAUACUUCGCAAGCUGGCAACCUUACUGAACACGUACAACCCCCCGGACAUGAGAAACCUGGCUAUAGACCUUUUAAAAGAGCUGGUAAUGCUCGUUCCUGCCGAAGCAAUACUGAUCCUAGCGCCAUUACUCUCGCACUGCCACGCAGCCCUUCAGGAAUCCCACGCCGCAGUCCCGCCCGGGCCGUAUCUUCCGCGAAGAUCCACUCCGCCUGGGAAGAUGCCCACCAGACCCGCCAGGCCCAUGGUGCAAAUGGCGGUGCCCCAUUCUCAGCUGGAGGCGUCGAAAGGAGUGGAUCCGGAGUACGAUAGCGCCCUGCUUGAAUUUUACUUACCUUAUCACGAACUAAUAGAUGUCAUGUGUAGAUUGGCGAUAAAUAACGAUUGUAUGACGGACGCGUUAGUGAAUUUGAGCGCUAUGCUCGGCUUCGAAGGUGUACCUUUGCACUUGGCUCUGUUUCCUAGGUUGUGGUUAGAUGUACACGCCGCUACACAUAUAGACAGAAAGCAUAUAGCGUCACUCCUAUGUUCUUCCUACACGGUAGAUUACGUGGACGCAGUGUUGCUAGACGAGAGAUCGUCGUUAGGAGUGCCGGCGAUACACGCCUUUCUCAAAACUUUCUUUCCCAAGCUGGCCGGCCACGUGCUGACCGAGCAAACGUGCUUGCUCAUCGACAACCUGGUCAGCUCGUUGACGGCGAUGGUCGAGGCGGUGGACGUCGAGGCGUCGGCGCACAGGCUGACCGGGGACCUGCGCGCCCUCGCUCUCGUUUACAGCAGCAGCACAAGACUGAAGCCAUCCUCCAGCCUGUUGCCGGCCCUGGAGACCCUGCUGUCGCGAACACGGACUAUCACGGUGAAGGAGAGCCGUACGUCGUCGGACGUCGAGUCGCCUUCCAAGCGGCGUAGAUUGUGCGGCGACGGUCAACCGGUCGACAAGGACCUGUGCGCGCCCAUCAACGAUAUCGACAUGGAGAACAAUAUCUCCGAGGCGGAGCUGGACAAGGCGGACACGGUCAACGACACGAUGUCUUCCGACUCCGGGGACGACAAGGCCGCCACUGCCAGGCACAAAUCGGGCAACGUUCAGGCGGAGACGAUCGCCACCAGCGGCGCGGUCUCGCCGCCUCGUCUGGUCACCACCGCCAACAGUUGUACAAAUCAGUUGCGCUGCUCGUUGACCAACGUCUCGUGGCUCGAGAUGCUGGAGAAGACCAUCGUCGAUCUUCAGACAAUCGUGCAAGUGCAAAGCAAGAGUAACUAAUGCAAUUGCGACAUGAUACGUAGGCAGAUAUACUGACAGCUACGCUGCCACACGAGUAACGGGACGCACGACGAUCAGCUGCACGACGUGUAAAUGUGUGCGAUCCUCUGCGCUGAUAGGGUUUUACGCUUCUGCGUGUGUUUGCGCUCCUCUGAAAUUGGAUAUAACUUCAUUCACAAUAUGUAUCGUAUGUAUGUAUCGAGUCCGACUGCGAUUUACUUUCCAAAUAUAGAAGAAUAAGAUAUAUUUUCGUUAUUUUUCGUGACUUAAGAGCUACGUUAGGUUGAAAUGCAUCAAAUCGGGAGGUCGUAUCAUACUUUUUUUUUUUUCAUCCGCACACGUUCGUUAGUGCUGUGAGAUAGAUUGCUUGCCAAGACUCGAGCACUCUAACGUGCAAUAUACCGUACACCGUUCAGUAUUCAAAAAAUUAAAAUAUGAAGGAUGUUGGGAAUUUUUCAAAGGCAUUUCUUGCAAAUCUCGCUAUCUCAAACAAACUUUAUUGACGCUGCAAAUUAAUUAAUUUCAUCAAUUUAAUUUCGCUUAUGUACGAAAGGAAUCACAGGGUUUAAGAAAUCGUUCGAGUAAGGACAGAUGAGACACGGUACGUUUGAUUGUUGGCGCAAAAAUUUCCUCUGCAUCCCUCUUGUUCGUUUCGUUCAUUUUUUGACACGCAUGAAGUCUCGAAAAAUAUUCAUUUCAUCAGCAAGAAUGAUUUUAGACAUUUGUUUUCUGGAGCCGUUAUCCUACAAAUUUGUCACGCGUGCACAAUCAGAUCUCUUAUUAUUCCGUCGAUAAGAUUCGUCAAUUUUAGGCAAAGGUUUCAUUGAUUUUCCAUUUUUCAAGCCAACUAUUUUGUUUUCGGAAAAGACGAAAUCAAUAUUAAUUAUUAUCAAUCAAUAUUAAUUAAUUUAUUUCCGUUUACGCGCACAAUACCUAGUGUACAUUAUUACUAAGGAAAGACAAAUAAAAGAGAAUUCAUUGAUACAUAUUUAUUACGGCAAUUUUGAUGCAGUAUCUAUAACUGAUACAUGAAGAUAAUCCUAUACGUAAAGAAAAUCCAUAGCACAUUGUUGUAAUAUUGCGGAAAUAUUACAAUGUUGCUCCAAUAUUGCUGCAAUGCUUACAGAAAUGUUGCUGCAAUAUUGUUGUAAUGUUUACAAUGUUGCUGCAAAUAUUUCUGUAAUGUUACGACAAUGUUGCUGCAAUAUUUCUGUAAUAUUUACAACAAUAUUGCUGUAAUGUUUACAAUGUUGCUGCAACAUUGCUGUAAUGUUUACUGCAAAUAUUUCUAUAAUGUUACGACAAUGCUGCAAUAUUGCUGCAAUAUUAUUGUAAUGUUUACAGCAACGUUGCUGUAAUAUUGCUGUAAUGCUUACAGCAAUAUUGCUGCAAUGCUUACAGAAAUGUUGCUGCAAUAUUGUUGUAAUGUUUACAAUGUUGCUGCAAAUAUUUCUGUAAUGUUACGACAAUGUUGCUGCAAUAUUUCUGUAAUAUUUACAACAAUAUUGCUGUAAUGUUUACAAUGUUGCUGCAACAUUGCUGUAAUGUUUACUGCAAAUAUUUCUAUAAUGUUACGACAAUGCUGCAAUAUUGCUGCAAUAUUAUUGUAAUGUUUACAGCAACGUUGCUGUAAUAUUGCUGUAAUGCUUACAGCAAUAUUGCUGCAAUAUUACAGCAAUGUUCUGUGCCGUAUAAGACCUCGUAAUUUGUACGGAGCGUUAAAAGUUCAAGUUCUUUAUGGAUUAAUGUAAGAUCUGAUGACAAAGUUUGUUAGUAUAUUUAUUUAUAUUAUUCAGCGCUUCGACGAAUCGAAUGUAAGCUGUUUUUUUUCCAUUUCACACCGCUUAAUUACGUCUUUUUUUACCCGACAAAUGUCUCUCAAACUUUUGUUGUAAGCGACCGCAACUUUUCUACAGUCGCCGGCCGGCUCUCUCUCUCUCUCUUGCGUUAAAACACGUUUACAUUAAAUCCACAUCUCACAUCACGAAUGAACAGAAAGUCGCGAGACAUUUUCAACAAGCUGAGCAUUCGAGCCAAAAUGUAUUUAUUCCCGAAGGUCAGCUGGAAAUCACUUUUUCAUGGCGUUCUCAUAAUCGUCGAGCUUGCCGGAUAAUGGUACUAAGAAUAGCGUCGUCUAAUUAUUAAAAAUCAUGCUGCUUCUGCAUCGCAGUUGUACCUCGGAGUGAAAUAUAUAUGAUGGAAGUGUGUAUAGUCUACGAGGGAGAGGUUUAUAUAAUUUCCCGCCUGUCAUCCGCGAUACGACUGCAAUGCUAGAUCAGGAACUUGGAGGAGAAAGCUCACGGGGAAGAUGCGCGUGUACAGAUAUGCUGGUCGACUGUUUAAUAGAAAACUUUAUUCCGCAUUAAUAACUAACGCUCUCGUUCUCUAGAUGUUCCGUAAGCGACUUUAUAUAUGUAUAUGUUGCCGAAUCCGAGGAAGCAGACGCGUUCGAUAGGCUCGUGCACGACGAUAAAGCAAGUGUCCGCUUGAUGCAGUGUAUAUUAUCUUAAAUGUGUCGCUACAUUCGAUGUACUUGUAACGAAAAUGAAAAGAACGGAAGAAAUAUCGGCUCUCUCUCUCUCUCUCUCUCUCUUUCUCUCUUUUCUCCACGAAAAAUGCGUUUAUUCUAAACUUUGAUUAGCAUGAAAUUAUAUAAGCAUUAUACGAUGAAAAAAGCGAGAGAGGAAGGGGAUAAUUAACAAGAUAGGUAAACUGUGGAAAGUGUAUUUAAAAUGAGAAUCGCAAUUAAAGUCGGCGAUUUUUAAUUGCGAUUAGAUUUAUAUAUUUAAUUAAUUCUUUGUAAAAUAAAGAGUCGAUAUAAAACAAUUAACUUUAAUUACUUUUAAUAAAUUAAUAUUAAUUUUAAUAAAUUAAUAUUAAUUUUAAUUAAUUUAAUCCGCGAUCAAUCACGUCGACGUCAAGUAUACAUACGCAGAAUUUCCACAGUUCUAUGGCGAAUAUUUGCUUAAUAAAAGCUCCGUUUAAAGUGUAUG